AUGAUCCAUGUCUCGUUGGGAUUACAUUUUAGAACAAGAUGUCGCAGCUUAAUCGUCGUGUACUUUUACAUUUACGUCAUAUUUUUUUUUGAAAAUUUGGCUUCGUCAGUUUUAAGAAAAAUUAUUGUCAAUUUGGAGACUGAUUGGGAUAGUCCUACCCUUUGCGAAGUCAACAUCGAUGCUUUAAUUUCGUACCCAUUGAAGGAGCUGAAAAUCAUGACUAAAACUCGUUUGAAGCUGUCUUUAAGCCCCAAUUGGAAGCAAGCAAUGACUCGUCUGGACUUCGGGUACUUGACGUUUCGUGGUGAGAGGGACUCUGUUAAGAAUUACCCGCAUACUUUGCUUUUGGAGACCUUUUCGGAAGCAUGCAUGAAUAUUCAUGUGCUCUUCCCGAACAUGAAAAAAAUGAAUCUUGGUGUAAGCAAUCCCAGAAGAAUGUUGGGUACCGCCCUUCAAAAAACGUUUACCGACCGACUUCUGAUUCCGGCUAUUCGACGUGUCUUGAUUUGUUCUCGUGCAAAUAGAUCUGGUAGAUCUUAUGGCGAAGCCAUUGGUACUGGAUUUCACAUGACGGUGCGCAAAGUUUUGCUUGGUUCGGAGCUUAGGCUCUUAGUCAACCCAAUGUACGGUCCGGAUUACACUUCUAUUCUUGUUACCAUGGUCGACUGGCCCCAACUUGACACUCAAAGUUGCCUUGUAGAUAUUGGCCUGAAUCUAUUUGCCGAAUCCGAGGAUGACCGACCAUUGGUAUCGUACGUUAAAGAGGAAAAAGUCGAAAGUAUGGGAAAACGUUUUGGUGAUCCAUCCAUAAAGACAGAUUAUUAUGGAUUGUCUUUGGAUUCUUUUGGUGGCUUCUCGGGGAAAGGUCGGUCCGGUAGUCUUCUUACGCCUUCGAAAGUUAUGAUAUAUAACGAUAUCAAGUAUCCGUUUACGAUGUCCCAUCUUGGUGUAAACGAAAAGGUGUCCGGUCCAUGGAUACCCGAAAAAAUGAGAAAUACUUUUCGUCAUCAAGAAGGUCAUCAUUUAAAGAACAUGAGAUGGUAUAAUGCCCGUGCUUCCGAAUACCGAAGACACCAGUUCACUACUCGUUUUGAGGUUUGUUUCCCCGCGAUCUUAGCCACUACGGCUUACGUCGACGUCUUAGUCGCAAAGUUGAAUGACUUGGCCGAAAAAUGCCUUGGUUCCGUUCUGUCGCAGUCGUUCUCCGGGUUAUAUCUCUUGACCUACAUGCGCAACAACGUGCUGUUUUUCCCUGGUGCGUUUGCCGUCGAUGGCGACAGAGUCAUGUUUGGGCAUACUUUCGAUUCUACUCGUAUUCAACAGGCAUUUCCCGGUGCAGUUAUUUUUGAUUCGACCGAACAAUUCAUGUCGAGUAGAUUCCAGGACGGUUACGUAAGAUGUACCAACGUGCCGGAAGCUUUUUAUGAUUUGUUCAACAAUACCGAGACAACCUUAGAAGGAUUACUUUCGACAAUGUUCAAUGCUUUUCCUCUUGCUCCCGUAACUUGUCCUACUCUUCAGGCGUAUUCCGAAAUGAUCACUGACUCCGUGAUGCGAAUCGAAAAACCUUUUGAUCAUUGUCCUCUAUUUUUGUAUGAUAUUUCCAAUAUUGCAACUGUCAAAAAUGUUUAUAAUGUUAAUCAAGGUCUAAUGCAAUAUGGCUUCGGGACGAAGUUUGCCGCCUAUUUUUUGGAGCAAUUCUGGGCCGAAUAUAUAACUUUUUGGAAGGAUGGUGAUUGCUAUUUUGACCUACUUGGUUUCUCCAAUGUUCCAACCAAGGCUUUUCUUUCGAACUUUGAUGCUAAGCGAGUGGCUGAACCAAUGUGUAUUACAGAGCGAAUGUAUUUUCUUGUCCCAUUGCCGAAUAGAGACAGCUGUAGACCUGCGAACAUUAAGAAUGAACUGACUGCGUACAUGGAUGGAAAAUGUAUAGACUUAAACUGGAAGUCUUUUGAAACCAGGGCCUGGUAUCUGUAG